AAGGUUACUCGUCUGUGUUUAGUUCUUGAAAUGGCUUCCUCGGUCCUGUGCAGCAGUAUCUUACUGCUCUUAUUAUGCAGUGUGAAUCUCCGACACUUGGUAAAUGGAGACUUGGGCCUUCUAAGUAGGCCUAGGCCUAAAAACGUUUGUAGCAAGGGCUUCUACGCGAAAAAAAUCGAGAGAGGGAAACAUAGAAAUACGGUGGUGACUAAGGGGAAGUAUAUUUGCCGUGAAUGUGGAAAAUGUAUGGAUGGAUUGCGGACUAUAAAGUUGUGCGACAGUUGGGCUGAUACCCAAUGUGGAGGCUGCGAACAUGAAGAUUUGGGAUUUGUGUUCGACAUGACAACCAAGUCGUGCCAACAUCCAGACGUCUUGUCUGGAAAGGUUGCUCCAGGAGAUAUCUGGUUGAUACUAGGUGCAUUGUAUACCACAACUGAACCGUUAGAUGAGGGUCAAACGGAUCAAAGUGUAACUAUCCGGACAACGUCUGAUGACCAUCGAGGAAUAGCUUUAUUAACCCUUCCAACAAGAUCAAUUGAAUUUAAUAAAGCAGCAACGAACACUUUCACUGGAUCCUCGGAAACCAGUGCAUUAGCUUUAACUGUUUUUGGAACUUUCAUUAUUUUGUUUUUGUCUUUGUUUGUUUUGACUGUCGUAGCCUGUAAAUUACAAGCAGCUCAAGAAGGCUUUCACACAUUAUUUCCUUGUUUCAUCUACGGUUGGUUUAAAAGAAUUUUCACAAGAGAAAGAACGCAUAUGCAGACUGUUUCAACGUCAUUAGGAGAAAAACCUACAACGUCGUCAAAUCAACGGAAGCCAGGCAACGUUCUGCAAUUGAGCAAGGAUUCUGAUUUUCCUGAAACAACCAGUCUGUACCAAAUCAGAACUGACUCUCCGUUAUUUUUCCUUCCUAAAAGCAGCUCUUGUCAUAUUUUUGGAUAUGAUAUGGGACAUGGUCACUUCGCCGGGCCAACAUUACCGCAUACGCCAAGGCCCACACGUGACAAAGUUAAUUUCUGUGUCGGACAUGGUAGGUCGAGUUUCAACAAUAAACAUACAUUUACAGAAAAAUCGAGCGAAUUUCGACCUCUAAAUAGACAGCCGGUGAGCUACGAUUCUAUUGAUUAUGAUGACGUCAGCAAGAGUGAUGUUUCUGAUGAAGAUACUGAAGACGAAUACGGCGCAUGGAGAGCUUUUAUGGCACAGGCGCAGCCUCCUGAUUCACUGGUGGAUGUAUCUGAAAACUCUGAACACCACGACAGAAAGACUACAACUGAAAUUUACUUGCCAAGCAUUACAACCCUGUGAAACUGUGGAGCCUCUAUGUAGGCCUAUAGUAAACUUUUAUCAUAUUUAUUUAAAAUACUCGCAUAACCUGUGUAGGCCUAAACAGAUUUUAAACUUUAUCAAUGGUGUUUCUCUCUCUCAGCACCAAGUGUAUUGUUAGCUGAUGGAGGAUGUCAUAGAAAUACUCUUUUAGGAUCUGAAGCCCUGAUUGAUCUACACUAUUUCUGAUAUUUUCAGAUGGUCCCCGUAAAACCAUUAAUUAUUAUUAUUACUGUACUGGGCUUAUAAUAUUAUAAUUGAUAUUAAUAUUUAAAUAUAAAAAAUAUAAUAGCAGCACUGUGAUUGGUGAUUGCACAAUCAAAAAGAUACCAUGAGACUUAUAGUAUCUUUCACUGUCAAUCUCGACCGUUUCAUCGAGAGACCGUGUGACGGCUACAAUGAAAGUUGUAAGUGUAUGGAUUUUCCGCUAAGCCCCGUCCCAGGAUAUAGGCCUCUCAAAACGACAGUGUAAAAUAAACAUAGCCAGGCAUACGCACAUGUGCGUUUGUGGAAAAGAAUACCCAGAGUAACUGGACUAAAAUUGACGUGGAAACUUUUAGGGGGAUUUUCUUUUUAUUCAAAUUUGUAUGAUUCUUCGGUUGUUAAUUUUGAUUGACACUCGGGAAAGUCCAUUAAGUAGAAAGGAAGGAUAUUGAAAUAGGAAAAUAAUUAGAGAGAAGCAGGAGAUUCCCGCCCGGAAUCCGGACCUCACCGGCUAUUUCCUGUGAGAUGCUGUCACAUGGUCGACCCACCAGGAGUGGUUAUGUGACAAAGUAAAGCUUUGUCCAGGUAAUCAAAUUUUCUUUGACAAAAGUCUGCUGUUGAGACCUAUGCCCAUCCUAAGUCAUGAUGUGCCUAUAUUUAUUUUUAUUUUUUAUUUGCAAAAUAUUCAUUCAGGAUAACAUAUUCAAUGUACAACAAACAAAAAACCUUGAAACGAAAUACAUUGUUUUUCAAUAAGGUCCGGACUAUCUACUAAUAUAGCAAGGCCCAUAAUGGUCAUUAUGUGAGGUCAUCACGACCAUAUUUAGGCAUAUCUCAUGCUCUUGCCAAAUUUGAUAGUUUCAAAAGCUACGUAGGCCUACGACAACCAAAUAAAUGGGACUUGGAAAAGUAGCUUAAAAAUAAUGAUAAUAAUAAUUUUACCAUUUUUUUAUGGACUCUCCCCUCGUUAUCGACGAGUGCUCACCAAGCGCAAUAUACAUAUUUCCAUAUGGUGUCAUUUUAAUCGAAAUAGUAAUAUUAUGUAUUCAGUUUUGCUCGUUUUUUCUGCAGGUUUCAGUUCAAUUA